AUGGCAAAUUUCAAAGGUCAUGCUCUCCCAGGCAGCUUCUUCCUGCUCUUUGGCCUCUGGUGGUCUGUGAAAUACCCCCUGAGGUACUUCAACGAGAAGGUGAAUAAAAAGUCCCAUAGAAACCACUGUUACCAACGCUUGGAUGUCAUUGAAGGAGCAGCCAAAAUCAUCUUUGCCAUGAUAGGGAUGCUGGCUGAGCAGUUUGUCCCCGAUGGCCCCCACUUGUAUCUCUACAGUGGUGAGGAACGCAGCUGGGUGAAGUUGAUGAACUGGCAGCACACGACCAUGUACCUGUUCUAUGGACUCUCAGGCGUGGUGGAUGUGCUCACUUACUCCCCGCUCAAGGUGCCCCUGGGACUGGAUCGCCUCAUGCUGUCUGUGGCUGUGUUUGUUGAAGGUUUUCUCUUUUAUUAUCACGUCCUUCACCGCCCCAUGCUAGAUAAGCACAUCCACUCCCUGCUGCUCAUCGCCGUGUUCGGUGGGGCCUUCAGCAUCCUGCUGGAAGUCUUCCUCCGUGACAACAUUGUCUUGGAGCUCUUCAGGGCUAGCCUCGCCAUCCUGCAGGGAACCUGGUUCUGGCAGAUUGGGUUUGUGCUGUUCCCACCCUGGGGAGGCCCAGCCUGGAAUGAGGAUGACCAUGACAAUAUCAUGUUUGUCACCAUGUGCUUCUUCUGGCACUACGCGGCUGCUCUUCUCAUCAUGAUUGCCAACUACAUGCUCACUUUCUGCUGCAUCCGAAGAUGUAAGAAAGACACUGGAGAAAUAGAUAUUGGACUUGGGGUUCGGAAGCAGGAAAGUGACAAAAGCUCCCAUGUUGCCCUCUUAAAUGGAUCGGAUGAGGAAUGA